CGGACGUCCAUGGAUGCCGCCAGGACGGUCGUGGUGACCGCCUACGAGGAGCUGCCACGCCGCCGUUCCGGCAGCUAUAGCGCGUCCUGGUUGACCGCUCGAGCCGGGACGCGCGCGGCCGCGGGCGGCCACAACCGCCGGGCGAUGCUGCUCGCGUACGCGCAGCACCUGCGGCGGCGCGGCGGGCAGAGAUCGUAUUCGGGGCCGCCGCGCGUGCUGGAGUGGGGCGAAUGGAAGCGGGCAGACGAUCCCGGCGCCGGCGCCGGCAACGACGAUAAGCAGGCGGUGGCGGGGCGGAGGAGGGGCUGCUGCUCCAGGCUCCGGCUGUGGGUGCGGCUUUGGAUCAGGACGUUCUUCCGUCGCGUCAGGAGGAUCAGGGAGAACGCGUCGUGCAGGAAAGCAGAUUGAACGUGUUGGUCAUGCAGGACGAUACGAGGAAGAUCAUUUGGUUGGUCAUCGGCGAAUUAGCGCCUGCAUCUGCAUCUGCAUGUGUCCUGGAAUUUUUCUGUGUGUGUUGAACUCGUAAGUGCAUCUCCACAUGAACGACAUGUAUACUACCAUAACAAAAAUGUAGAUUGGUAGGGUAGGCCAGUGCUUGCGUAACAUUUAAAAUUUAGGCAUGAGUUGAAGGUGCUUGCUCACGAAUUUUUAUGGCA